CACGGCUCUCCUCGCCGCUUCGUCUCGGCGCGAAGGCCGCGCCGGCCUCACCCUCACCGGGCGCGCCGUCUCUCUGACGAGCUCCCCUGGUGCGCCGCUCCGACGAAUUCACCGGAUCCUCCUGCACCUGCGCCCAGAUGGCUCUUCAGUCAGCUGUGGACAGUAUGCACAGGAUAUUCAGUGACCUUAACAAAAGCAGGAUGGAAUACGAAGAAACACUAAAGAACAUGUCUGAGGAGGAGGUGAAGCAAGAAUACACCAAGCGGUUGGAUGAAUACAAGUCUAUGUGUUUAGGUGGAGUCACCAGUAUGCUAUGGAAGGACACAUACUCCCUUAUCAAGAAGCUACAUGGAGAUUACCCUUUAGCUGCUGCUAUUUCUUCUAUGUUCUUCCUCCUUGCUCUACUCUUCAUACUGCUAGGACUUGCCGCCUCCACAUUUUCAAGAUCAGCGCCCUAUGCAAUGGCUAUAGCUGGAAAUGGAGGAUUGUGGUCUGUACUAUUUGUUAUAGUUGCUGCCCAUUUUGAGAUGAUGGAGUUCCUGCCCAUGGCUCUCCUAUUCAUUUCCUGUGUGAUGUUCUCAACAAUCUUCACAGUAUAUUGGCAUUUCUGUGCACGAGACCUAAAGUUUCUUCUAACGAUCGUGAAGUACCUAUUCAAGAUCCUCCAUAUACUAUGGUGCCGCUUCAAGGCCAUCUUCAGAUACCUUGGUGUGAAGGUGAUGCAUUUUACCCAGAGGAAAGCUUCAGCCCAGCAAAACCAUGCUGGUGAUAUUGCACUCUGCGAUAUUCUUCUUGCUGAAGAUGGCAGCUCAGAUGAGAUUGUGUGGCGUCAACAAAACAGACAUUUUUUGUGACAACAUCGGUGGUGGCUCUGAACGAAUGCGUGCCUAGGCUGGGAGAUUCAAUUUGUUCAUAUGCUCAUAGUACAAAGCUGAAUAGUCAUAUGCUCAUAGUCGAGUAUUUUAUCAAAUUUGCAAGUAAAUUUACUGUUAUAGUAUGUUUGUUAAUUUCCCCAAAAAAUGUUAAGUUGUCUGAUUCAUUCAGUAUGAAUUUUGGUUAUUGUUCAGACAAUUUUCGUGUAUCUUCAUCGUGGUCUUUGGCAGAACAGAAUGUUCCAAUUUAUCAUGUCCAUUUUGCGCUAAUGAUAACAUUAUAAUUCAAAUGCUAGUAAUGCUGUUCACAUGAUCGUAAUCGUACCAAUCCUUCAGGAUCUCUCCUCACUGAGGUGCUGCUCUUGAGUUGGGUGGCUGUAGAGCACUUAUGUUGUUUCCCAUUGACCUUAUUAAUUUUCUGAGAUAGCAUCUAUCUUAUUUUGAUGCAUUUCCUACAUGCAUGUAGAUAAACUAUUGUUGUGCUUUGAGAUUUCAUUACAUGGAAUACUGA